UCCUUCCUUGGUGAACGUGAAGGCCAAAGCGGACAGUGUGGGGAAAUUUCUUCGUCACCUUCAAUCAAUCAGUUUUGUUCUACCUUCCACCUUCCACCUCCAAGCUUCCUCGACAUCUCUUCCAUCCUCGUCACCAUGCGCUUCACACUCUCAGCUACGGUGUCGGCACUCGCCCUCCUCACCGGCUCAGUUAAUGCUCUCCCGGCAAAGCAGACGCAGACCUACACUCCAGCAAGCAACCUCGACAAGCUCGCCAAGCUGAUGCCCAAGAGCGCUCUGCCAGCUCCAGACGGUCUGCAGCUCAAGUACGUCGUCCUCGGCAUUGGCACACAGAACUACACCUGCGCGACCGGCGACGAAGACGCUGCUCCCGGUACAACCGGUGCAACUGCCAACCUCUACGACAUCGGCACACACCUGAACAACGACCCCUUCGCCAAAUGGACCAUUCCCUCCAUAUCGCCGCUUGCCCUAUCCCUUUCCUCUCAGCCCACCCGGUUCACGCAGAACCUGCAGUCGCUCGGCUUCGAGCACCUUCUCGGGCACCACUUCUUCAGCGGCGCGUCGCCCGUCUUCGCUCUCGACCACCUCUCCGCGUCCCCAUACCCUCUGACUGUAGUCGGCAAACUGAACGAGACCGACGCCCCAACUUCCUCCUGCCCGGGAACGAACGCUGAGGGCGCGAUCAAGUGGCUGCUCCUCAAGGACACGAAGAGUCUCAGCCAGGGCGGUAUUGAUACGGUGUACCGCAUCGAAACCGCCGGUGGUAACAAGCCGACUACGUGCAAGGGCCAGAAGGCCGCUUUCGAGGUUGAGUACAGCGCGCAGUACUGGAUCUUCGGCCCCAAGAGCGUGAGCUAUAAUGUCCCGAGCUAGGGUGUCGGGCCGCUCAAUUGCUCGUUGGCUGAUUUGGGACGACACAGUUGCUUUGGCAAUGUCACGAACAGUACACGAUCUUUGAGUGCGUAGCAUGGGAAACGUGGCACGUAGCAUGGUCUAUGGUGGAGGGACUGGUGGUGCAAACUUCUUCUCUUCGUUGUAACUACUUUUGUUGAGAUACCCUUCACGGCGUUCACGGCUCUAGGCGGGCUUCUCUUCUUUGCAAAAAGGAAGG